AUGGGAUACAGAUGGGUCAAUGCCCUUCUUGCUGCAGAAGUUUUGAUUUCCCUGAUCGUUGUUUUAUUUGUGCCGUAUACUGAAAUUGACUGGAAUGCCUAUAUGCAGGAGGUCAAGGGAUUCCUUGAGGGUGAGCUGGAUUACAGGAAGCUCAGGGGCGAUACGGGGCCUCUUGUUUACCCAGCGGGCUUUGUAUGGAUAUACAGUGCCCUCUAUUUUAUCACAAAAGAGGGAAAAGACAUUGAAAUGGCGCAAUGGUUGUACGCGGGAAUUUAUAUUAUGCUUUUUGCCUGUGUCAUUCAGCUGUAUGUUCGUUGUAAAAUUCGUGGGCGUCUGCUUAUUCGUCUCCUGCUUUCAAAACGUAUCCGAUCACUUUUUAUGCUGCGUCUUUUUAACGACUGCGUGGCUAUGUUACUUUUGUAUUUUGCGGUUGUGGUACUUGCAAAAGGGCGCCGGUGGAAACUUGGAUGUUUACUUUACAGCAUGGCUGUAUCUGUUAAGAUGAAUAUCCUUCUCUUUGCUCCCGGACUACUGUUGAUCCUUUGCCGAUCUCUCCCGUGGUACCGUGUGAUUUUAUGCCUUGUAGUUUGCGCCUUGUGGCAGGUGGGGGUAGCACUCCCAUUUCUUCUACAUGAGCUGCAAGCAUACAUGCUAAAGGCCUUUGAAUUGGGGCGCGUAUUUACGUACCGUUGGACCGUAAACUUUAAAUGUAUCCCUGAAGAGAUUUUUAUCUCGAAAGAGUUUGGCCAGGUGUUGUUGCUGUUCACUGUAGUGAGCUGGUUUCUGCUCUGGCGCCGGCGGUGGUCAAGGCGCCUCUUCCGGCGUGCCCAAGUGGCAACCAUAAAAAGUGUUGAGUAUGGCGCGGUCCGAGGGGCUGACGUAUUUGACACUGACAGCGAGGUUUACCGCAAUGUUGUUUUAACAAUGAUGGAGUCCAAUCUGAUUGGUGUCAUAUUUGCGCGUUCACUCCACUACCAGUUCUUGGUAUGGUUCUUUCAUUCAAUGCCAAUGGUGCUGUCCGUGACGCGGUUGCCUUUUCCACUUCAGAUUGCCUCCGUAGUGGCGGUGCAGUACGGCUUUGAGGCAUAUCCGAGCACGGCACAGUCUUCUUUUGUGCUGAUUUGCGGCUUCGCCCUUGCAUGGGUUGGUAUUGUGUGCAUGGACCAUGACAGUGGCGGUGCUGCUCCACGGCGGCACAAGCGAGAAGCUGCGCAGGAUGCAGCGAAAAGAUUGGCCCCGGCCGCUCCUCCCGUGAAGCAGUGA